UUGCAGCGACACUUCCCAGCAGCGACACUUCCCAGCAUCCCCUGCGCGCCGGGCAGUGCACCCUGGGAGACCUGAGGCAGCAACUCGCGUUGCUUUCCACGGAGUCUGCGCCGAUCGUAUAAGGAGGAGGAGAGAGCGGUCUGCAGAGCAUACGCCAGGUGUAAAUCCACAGCACUGGUGAGAGUUAAUAGUUGUUUAUGACAAGCCAUUGCUUGUGUCACAGCAUAAGACGCUUGUCUCCUACAUGAGUUAACGGUCAAGUCCAGCUAAGGUUACUACAAAAGGACUGUCCGUUUUAGAAAAAAUGUCUAAAAACAAGUCAAAGUCCAGAUCCGGAUCAUCCCGUUCCGUAUCUCGCUCAAGAUCUCGUUCAUUCUCUAAGUCACGUUCACGAUCAAGGUCUCUUUCGCAUCCAAGAAAGCGCAGACACAGCUCUCGAUCUCGCUCUAGAUCUUAUUCACCUGGAUAUAAUAGAGAGAGAAACCACCCAAGAGUAUAUCAAAAUCGAGAUUUUCGAGGACACAACAGAGGUUAUCGGAGGCCAUACUAUUUCAGAGGUCGUGGAAGAGGGUUUUAUCCACGAGGCCAGCAUAAUCGUGGUGGUUAUGUGAACUACCGACCAAACUGGCAAAAUUACAACCGCCAGCCAUAUAGUCCUCGUAGAGCCCGUUCUCGUUCUCGAUCUCCUAAAAGGAGAUCUAUGUCUCCAAGGUCCAGGAGCCACUCACGUAAUUCAGACAAGUCGUCUUCUGAUCGCUCUCGGAGGUCGUCAUCCUCUAGGUCUUCCUCCAAUCAUAGUAGAGUGGAAACUAAGCGCAAGUCAAGAAAGGAAAAGAAAAGUCAUUCAAAGGACCAAAGAGGCUCAAUCCAGGCUACAGAUGAUGACUCAAAGGAACAGUCUACACCUGGGGCAGCUGAUACUGGCAACAAAAUGGAUGCGAGCAAGUCUUGGCAGGAUAUGGAAGCAUAUGACACAAGCCCUGUGCCCCAGCACAGUCCUGCAGAGCGUGCACCAACACUAAAAAGCUCUGUCCAAUCGGUGGUGGUUAGACGCUGCUCACCCAGGCCUAGCCCUGUGCAAAAGCCUAGCCCCCCCUCUCCCACUUCAUUACAGGGCAGUGGUACUUUCAGGGCAUCAGCUCGUCAGAACAUAUUUGACAUUAGCCCUCCUAGGAAGAGUCCUUUGACCAAGAGCCCGCCCACAAUGGGUUCAAUUUAUGGAAAUCAAAGAGAAGAGAUGACUGCACCAAUAGGCACUGGAUAUAAGCGGUUCAUGGAAGAGCAGAAAAAUAAGGCAUCCGAACUUGAGAAGGAGAAUGGAAAAGAUAAAGAAAAGAUGACUAAUUUGGAAAAAACAAAGGAUCGUAGCAGCCCUACCGAUUUUGCUAUGAAUGAGCUGGAAAGGUCUUAUAAAAAGAGUGUAUCUCCAAAACGCUACAAGAUGCGAGAGGAUUUGGAAAAAAUGAAGUUGGCAGAAUUGCGUUUUGCAAAAGAGGAAGCGGAGCAGGAGAAAAAGGGUCGCGCACGGAAAGACUCUGAUAGUGACUCCAAGAACCAAGACCCAUACGAUCCAGCAAAAUGGGAGGAAUUGUCCUUCAUACCAAGUGCAAAGGAGAAACGCAAAAAGUCAGAGGACAUGGAGGAUGACCUUUAUACAGAGAGGCCCAAGAAGGAGGAUAAAGUUUCAAAGUCCAGUCAUAAAGGGUUUCUACCUGAAAAAAAUUUCAGGGUUACAAGUUUUAAGUCUUCUGCAAAGGAGAGGAGUGAGUCCCCUCCACCUAGGAAGUCUUCAGAGAGCAGAGAAAAGCUUUUAUCCAAGGAGGAGCCGUCUUUUUCCAAAUCAAAUUUCUCGGUUAGCCGAGAGAUGGGCCCUAGUGUCCGUCUAGACUCCUUUGAUGAAGAUCUUGCACGUCCAAGUGGAGUAAUGGCUCAUGAACGGAAACUGUCGCGUGACCUUGUUCACAGCAACAAGAAAGAUCAGGAGUUCAAGUCCAUUUUCCAGCACAUCCAAUCUGCACAGUCUCAACGCAGCCCAUCUGAGCUGUUUGCGCAACACAUUGUGACCAUUGUGCAUCAUGUUAAAGAGCACCAUUUUGGUCCCACAACUAUGACGCUGAGUGAGCGUUUCUCUAGUUACCUAAAGAAGACAAAAGAACAGGAGCCAUCAAAAAGUCGGAGGAGUCCAGAAAUUCACAGGAGAAUUGACAUUUCUCCCAGUGCUUUUAGGAAACACGGAUUUUUGCACGAGGAUGCAAAACACACAAAGGAAGGAAGCCACAAGGGAGAGGGGAAAUACAGAGAGGAGCCCUCAGAUUUGCGGCAGGACAUUGAACGCCGCAAAAAACAUAAGGACAAGCGUGAUCAUUCUCGAGACUCUGGAGAUUCCAGAGAUUCGAGCCGCUCCAGGGAACGGUCGCCUGAGAAACCUGAGAAGCCGAGGAAAUCAUCCAAAAAGCACAAGAAGCACAGGAAAGUGCGCGAGCGUUCUCGUUCCUCUUCUUCCUCUUCACAUUCCUCCCAUUCCUUGCGGGUUCCAGCGUCUGAAGAUUUCCCUCCAGAGAGUGAGGACAAGGAUGAGAAUGGUGGAAGCUUGGAUAAGGCACGUUCAGGAAGCAAGGAUUUCCAAGGAACCAGUGAUCGAGGCCGAGGACGGGGAACUUUUCAGUUCCGUGCAAGAGGUACAAGACCAUGGAGCAGAGGUGCAUUUCCCGCCAAUAACAACAACAACAACAAUGAGUUACAGAAACGUAACAGAGAUGAGGAAUGGGACCCAGAGUACACCCCGAAAAGCAAAAAGUAUUACCUGCACGACGACCGGGAAGGGGAAAACGAGGAGAAAUGGGUGAAUCGCGGGAGAGGCCGCGCCAGUUUUGCACGUGGAAGGGGCAGGUUCUUGUUUCGAAAGCCAGGCACCAGCCCUAAGUGGGCCCACGACAAGUUCAGCGGGGAGGAGGGAGAAAUAGAGGAAGACGAGAGUGGAGCGGAAAAUAAGGAUGAGAAAGGCAGCUUGCCAAUGGAUUAGCCUUAUUUAAGCUUCAUGCACUGUGGGGAAGACACUUUCCUUAUACCCUAAGAUCCUGAACUGCAGACAUUUUUGCAAGUAAAACAAUCCUCUGUAUUAAAAAAACAAAACAAAAAAAUCUUUGAUUUUAUAUUUUAACUUGUGCAUUUAUUGAUGUCCAUUAUAAUUUUUUUUUUUUUUAUAUAUAUUAUAAUAGCGGGGACACUGUAGUCUUGGAUAUUGACAUACUGCUGCCAUCCACUUCACCAUGUAUUUUGAUUCCACCAGCAAAAAAAGAACUUAAGCUGACUUUCUGUGUAAUUUCAAUAUGCCAUCACUAAAGUAAUGCGUUGAUUGUUUAUCAGUUUUCGAUCUCUGUAAAGGUUUUUAUUAUUUUUCUUUCAGACUUUUCCUUAUAUUUUUCUGUACCUGUUUUAAGCCUUCUUAGUAAUGCCAGUUACUAAAGUUAUGGUAUUCUUUUUAGAUAAAUAUUUUCAAGCUUUUUCCUUAGGUGGGGAAAAUGUUGAAAUAAACGUUAAAUGGGUACAAACCA